AGGGCGGGGCGUCAGGCGGCGCAGUUUUCAUAAAUCGCUGCUGAUCCCUCCGCAGCAGUGGAACUCGAGCUCUCCGCCUCCGCCAUGGGGUCUCAGGUCUCCCCGGUGUCCAACACACACCCGCUUUAGCGCUCCUGCCCAAUCCACAAGCUGAUGCAAGUCCUCCACAGACCCGGGCUGCCCCGGGCUCCAGACGCCGAGCUGCUACAGGACAGGAUGGGGGACUCGCAAAACCAGAGCUCCGCCAACAGCUCCGACAGCCGCUUCAGUAACCUGGAGGACAUCGACGCGGCGUCGGAGGGCACCCUGCGCGUCAUGAUCUCCAUCGUGUACUCGGUGGUGUGCGCGAUGGGGCUGGUGGGUAACCUGCUGGUCUUCUUCCUCAUCAGAGUCCGCCAGGGCAGGAAGAAGUCCACUAUUAAUUACUUCAUCAUGAACCUCGCCAUCACAGACUUCCAGUUCGUCCUGACUCUGCCGUUUUGGGCUGUGGACAUGGCGCGGGACUUCCACUGGCCGUUUGGGAAUGUGAUGUGUAAAGUGGUGGUGACGGUGACCGUGAUGAACGUGUACGCGAGCGCGUUUUUCCUCACCGCGAUGAGCGUGACGCGCUACUGGUCGGUGGCAUCGGCGCUGAAGGAUCGCACGCGGAAUAAGCGCUGCUCGGCGCGUCUGCUCAGCGCGCUCCUCUGGCUCCUGGCCGCCGCAGGAUCCGUGCCCACCGCCAUAGUGACCUCCGUGAAGACCAUCAACGGCGUCAAGCUGUGCCUGCAGCGCUUCCCCAACAACCAGAACUGGCACGCGAUCUACCACCUGCAGAAGAUCCUGGUGGGCUUCGUGAUCCCGAUGCUGAUCACGGUGGUCUGUUACGCGCUGCUGCUGCGCCUGAUCCGCCGGCGGAGCAUGAACAACAACCUGCCCAAGCGCAGAUCCAGAGUCACCAAAUCCGUCACCAUUGUGGUGCUCUCCUUCUUCAUCUGCUGGCUGCCCAACCACGCCAUCACCUUCUGGGGAGUGCUGGUUAAACUUAACGUGAUCCACUGGGAUAAGGUGUACUAUAUGCUGCACAGCUACGUGUUCCCAGUGACCGUGUGCCUGGCGCAUUCCAACAGCUGCCUGAACCCGGUGCUGUACUGCCUCAUGCGCAGGGAGUUCAGGAAGAUGCUGAAGGAUUUCUUCUGGAGGAUUUCGUCUCCCGCGAUCGCCAACAGCUGCCAGAUCCGCCCGUUCUCCGGGACCGCGAAGGAGCGCGAGGACAGCCAGGCGGCGAUCCCGCUGCACGUGCUGGAGACCGAGGAGUACCGCCUGUCAGUGGCGAACGGGCAAACUGACGCGCUGCCCUCCACAGACUGCGCCAUUCAGAGGUAGACUGCAGGACCGAGCGGACUUGUUAAAACUUUUUUCAUUGUUGUUGUUGUUGUUAUAUGGAGAGCUGCAGCCCUUCUGUCCACAUCUCUGCACCGUGAAUUAAACGCGUAGCUCUGGAUGUACUGAGUAUUGAGACGCCAUUCUGGGCUUGAGCUGCGUUGCACUUUUUAUACCGUUCCGUUUCACUCAUGUUUUGGAGGGAAUAUUGCUGCAUUAAAAAUCUAUAAAUCUAAAUCUAAUGGUGGGAUAUUUCAACCCAAAUUGGGUUAAAUAUGGACAAAUCCGACUGUUGGGUUAUAUUUGGUACCAUAAAAAGCCCAGCACUCAAUAAAUGAACAACAGGAGAGAAAAAAGGUUUGGACAGCAAGCAUCCUUCAGUGUUAAAUUAUAUUUGGUCUUAGCUAUAUGGUUCUAUUAUUAAAAAAAAAAAAAUAGUUUUGUCCAUAUAUUACAACAAACUGAGUUGAAAUGACCCAGCCUGUCUUGUUGAGAGUAUUAAGAAACAUAAAACUAUAUUAUAUACUUGAAAGAAGUCAAUAGGCAAGAUAUUAUUUGGAAUUAUAAAUACUUGGUGAAUUAUAAAAACUUUAUAUAAAUAUAUGACAUGAAUUUGAUUUUGAUAUAUUAAAAUUAUUUGUUAAAACGUCUCAGCAAUCACAUUUACUUUAAUUACAUUAAGUUUUACUUUUUUUACAUUAAUUAUUACACUUUUAAUUAGGAUUGGAAUAAUAAAUAUAAAAUAUGAAUGAACUAGAAUAAUACUAUGAAAUCUUGUAGACACACACACACACACACACAGUGAUUUCCAAGUGAAGAUUUUUUUCAACACAUUUUUACUCAUGAUUAUUAUAAUAACUAAUUUCUUUUGUCUUCGCAUUGAUGACAGCACAUAAUAUUUUGAUCAAUUAUUUUGCAAGAUAGUAAUAUUCAGCUCAAAUUGACACUUAAAGGUUUACUAUGUUAAUUAGGCAAAUCAUUGCACAACAGUUGUUUGUUGUGUAAACAAUCAGAAAAAAAUGUUUCUUAAGGGGGCUAAUACUUUUGACCACAGCAGAUUUUUAUAUUUUUUAAGAUUUUUUUUAUAUUUCAAGACUUUCUCCAUAAGAAAAAUAUAAUAGUAAAUACUGAGAAAAUGUUAUUGCUUUGUUAAACAGCACUUAAAUAAUAAAUAAAUCAUAAUAAAAUUUCACAGGAAGGCGAAUAAUUUGGCUUUCAAUUGUGUGUGUGUGUGUGUGUGUGUGUAUAUAUAUAUAUAUAUAUAAAUGCUUGGUUAUUUCAACUCAAUUUUGGGUGUAAUACAGAGUAAACCAACUGCUGUGUUAAAUUAAUCGGACCAAAUUGGAUUUAACGUUUGGCUUAUUCUAUACUUUACCUAAUUUGUGUUUAAAUAACCCAGCAUUUCUUUCACCAGUGAUUGCAUUGUAAAAGGAGCAGAUUUUUAAGCAGCAACUUAAGAUCCAGGUUUUUUUUUGCAUCUGGUUUGUGACCUCUUUCUGUUGUUUGAGCUGUCUGGAAAUUCUGAAAUAAUUAAAAUGUUCUGCUCAUCUGCAGUGUAAUAAAGCUGUGUCAGUGACCUCAGCCAUGUGGUGGAGAUGGUCCGAACGGAAAUGAAUGUAAACAGUGUUACUAUGUUGUCCAUUUGAAGGGCGUAAUAAAGUCUUGUCUUAUCAUA